AUGAGUGUCGAUGUGUUUGGACGGCAGUUGUCAUACAGCAGUAAGACCACCACUGCUGCUAGGAGAGGUCCACCAGGUGAUGGAUUUAAACGUACACUCGAUGGAAAUUACAGUAUUGAGGGCAAAAGAUUAUGCAACAUCGCUGAUCCAGUGGAAGAAUUUGAUGCCAUUUCUCUGCACUUUUUGCGUGAAAAUCUGAGGAAAGAAAUCGAUGAGGUGAAAAAAAGUGUGGCGGCCGAUUUUAUAGAGAAAUUAACGGCUCAGAGUAGAGUUAUAAAUGAGCCUGAAGAGCUUCAUAGGCCAGCUCGAAGAAAUUUCAAGCGACGACAUGUUGACGUUCGUGGACUGGAUGAGACGUGGCAGGCUGAUCUUGUGGAAAUGAUUCCAUAUGCGAACUCCAACAAAAAUUACCGAUAUCUCCUCACUGUCAUAGAUAUUUUCUCUAAGUACGCCUGGGCCAUUCCCACCAAGUCAAAAAACGCUGCUGAUGUCACAAGUGCUAUGAAUAAAAUUUUGAAAGAAGGCCGUGUUCCCACAAAGCUACACGUGGAUCAGGGCAAAGAGUUCUACAAUAAAGAUUUUCAAGCUCUCAUGAAAAAGAAUAAAAUAAGCAUGUACUCAACCUUCAGUAAUGUCAAGGCAUCCAUAUGUGAACGUUUCAAUCGAACGCUGAAGAAUAAAAUGUGGAAGCAGUUUUCUAUUCUUGGGACUUACAAGUGGAUUGACAUUGUUGAUGAUUUAGUAGCUGAAUACAAUAAUACAAAACAUCGUACCAUCAAAAUGAAGCCGAAAGACGUCACAAUCAAGAAUGAAAAAUCUUUGUUGAAACAUAUAUAUGAGAAAUUACCGAUAAAUCGUACGAAGAAAAUCAAAUUCAAGGUUGGUGAUAAAGUGCGAAUCAGCAAGUAUAAAACAAUUUUCGAGAAAGGAUACACCCCCAACUGGACAACAGAAGUUUUCACAAUUCAGAAAGUACAGAAGACCAAUCCUGUCACCUAUAAACUUGUGGAUGGGAAGAAUGAAGCAAUCAAAGGAGGUUUUUAUCAGGAGGAACUGAGUGGAGUGAAGCAUCCAGAUGUGUUUCUUGUGGAGAAAGUGUUGAGAAGGAAGGGGAAGAAAGAAUUUGUAAAAUGGUUGGGAUUUGAUGAUACACAUAAUAGUUGGAUAGAUGCUAAUCAAAUGUAA